AUGGCUCCCGCAACGCCCCGUCUCAAGAUAUUAUCAGUGGGUGGAAACGCCGUCUCUGCUUUCCUGUCCUGGAGGUUACAGGCAACCAACGCCUGCGACGUCACCCUCGUGUGGAAGUCCGGCUACGACCACGUAGCUCAGUAUGGCAUCUCUUUCAAAUCACAAGUAUUCGGCAAUGAACGGUUCAAGCCACGUCGGGUGGUCAAAUCUCCCGAGGAAGCCGUUAACCGCAAAGACGGCCACUUCGACUAUGUCGUUCUCUGUGUGAAGGCGCUACCGGAUGUGUACGAUCUAGCCUCAGUCAUCGACUCAGUUGUUGUCCCCCAACAUACCUGUAUUUUGGUAAACACCACCAACGCGAUAGGCGUCGAGGCAGCCAUCGAGGAGCGGUACCCCACCAACGUUGUUCUUUCCCUGGUUGCCGGUGCGGAUCUCACACAACUUGGCCAGAGCGAGUUCGAGCACAAAGGGUCAACAGAACUUUGGAUCGGACCAGCCAAGAGAAACAGCGAGAUCCCUGCGACCAUACAAGACGACAUGUCUUCGGCUCUUGCUAUGACUCUAAGCACAGGCCAGGUGGAUGCCAAAGUGUCUCCGAACAUCCGGCAACACCAGUACGAACGAGUGAUAGGUCCUAUCGCUUUUCAUCCUGCCAGCGUCCUCUUCGAGACUGCGAGUUAUUCCGAACUCCUGGCAAAGCCUGCCGUCAAGACACUCAUAUUCGGUGUAAUCGAGGAAUUGCUCGAGUUGGCUGACGCACAGGGCUGCAAAUUCGGCGCCGAGUACAAACAGAAAGUCGUCGACGACAUGUUGAAGCAGACAGGGACAGAUAGCAUAAUGUGGCAGGACUAUCAAGCCCGGCGGCCCAUGGAAGUCGAGACAUAUCUUGGUUCACCUGUAAAGCUGGCAAAGGAGGCCGGCGUCAAAGUGCCCCGUAUCGAGACCUUGUACGCGAUGCUGCACCACAUGAACGUGGUCAAUCGAAACAGGCCGAAGGUGGACACCGUUGCAGCAGCAGGGCCGCCGCCCCCGUCUGGCUCACCAACAUCAAUGGCCUUCCCGUCACCAAUGCCUCGCAUGUCGAUGCAACCACCGCCUCGUGGCGUGCCGCCCAAUGGCAUACCCAACGGAAACGGCAUGCCCGGCCGGCCACGACCUCGAGGUGCUUCGCAGCUAGGACCGCCCCCUGGCAUGCGUCGCCCUUCGUCGAAUGCUGGACCCCCUAAUGGAUAUGGACGACCGCCGAUGAACGGGCCGAACGGAUACCCUCGCCAGCAAUCCAGGCGAGGGUCGAUGGAUGGUACCGACCUGGAGGAAUUUAGCCACCUCGUGGUCUAUGACGACAUUCCCGAAGGCGGCGAAGGGCACCUUGAUCAGUCCGAAUUGGCGACCAGAGAACGCGAGCUGCAAUUAAGGCAACGCGAGCUGGCCUUGAGGGAACAAGAGAUGAGGAUGAGGCGAGGCCCCGGUCCAGGGCCGAUGGGGCCGCCGAUGGGAGCGAGACGCGGACCUCCGCCAAGGAUGAUGAAUGGCGGGCCUGGAGGAAUGUACGACGACGACGAUGAUGACGAAGGUGACUACUUCGACCCCAAUUCAGGCCCGCCGGUACCCAUGAUCGACCCCGACAACUUUGACAUGAUGAGCGUUACUUCCCGGAAAAACCGGCAACAUGGGCAUAAGCCCUCAGCCGCUGAGUUUCGCAAGAAUCCGGGAUUAGAUGCUAUGCCGGCCUCCAGGGGUGGUCGCUUCCGACCAAACUUUGGCAGGAAUCGCUCAAGCCAGAUAGGCCCUCAGGGCCCCAGCUUGCGCGAGAAUCUGCUGGAGGACCCUCUCAUGGGACUUACGUCCAACAGAUACGGUGCCGUUGACCGGAGCGCGAUGCAACAGGAAUCGAGGGCGAACUCAAUGACGUCUCAGCGCAUGGAUGACCUGGGCUGGGGCCCUGGCGGAGCUGGGUCAAUGUCUAUGGGCGGGCCGAUGGCAAUGGGCAUGAACGGAGCGUUUCCUCGACGAGCGAGUCAAUCACCGGGAUAUGCUCCGUCUAUGAGAGGAGGCAACGGCAGGCCCUCACCGCCAAACGGGCUUGGUGGUCCUGGCGGUCCCGGCGUAAACGGCAGACCGUCACCGCCGAACGGUGUCCGUCAGCCGACGCCGCAGUAUCCUCCAGGCCAGGGCAAUACUGUUGCACCGCAACAAGUCGAACAGCACGCUGGGGUGAGCAACCUGAACCCUCCCAACAAGGGCAAGAAUGUGCCUAGUCUGACCGGGAGUGCGAGCGCCAGCGCGGGCAGUGGUGAAUCCACCAACCUCGACACGCCAUCCGCACACAGCAGCCAAAGGGCGAUUGCGAUACCCGAGUAUAUCGACACUGCGGAAUUCAAGUAUCAGAUCAGUCUCUCCCAGAGAAGCCGACUGAUCAGCCACUCCUCUUUGUGCAUCCCGAACUACGUCGGCGUGGUCGAUACGGCGGGUUCAAGAAACCUUGUCCCGCCGCUGCAAGAAGCCACGACCGGCAUCUUCUCUACGACAAUCUGCUGCUACUUAGCCGCGUGCCUAUAA